AUGGAUCACUGCAGUGCCUCGUCAGUCGUGAGGAGGGACUUUCUUCUAAAGCCCUGCGUCUUCGGUGGCAGCCUGGAGGAGAUUAUGAAAAUACAGGGCUGCCGGUUUCCUUCCCUUCGCCUGCCCUGGAUCCAAAUAUUCCUCACUGAAGAACUCCUCAGGCUGAAUGGAGCAAAAGCACAGGGGAUAUUCCGUCUUUCCACAGACUUGGACACGUUCACAACUGUGCGCUUCCAGUUGGAGAAGCUGUUUGAAGUGUUUCGCAUGGUUCACGUGAUCCCCAAGGAUACCGGCGACCGGUCCUCAACUCUGUCCUCCCAGAGUUCGAAUGAGUCUCCAGCCGCCGGUGCCGGUGCCGCCGCCAUCGGCCAGUACACCAUUCUCCGACCACCUCCUGCGGGCUGGUCAAGA